UUUUCGACAUGCCAACCAACAAAGCGUCGGCAAUGAAGCUGAUACUCUUGCUUUGCAGCUUAGUGUGCAUCGCUAACUGUAAUGCUGAAAAAAUUACCAAUGACAAUCCAAGGGCUUGCAAAUCGCCAAGUGGAGACAACCCACUCACGUUUGAAGUUCUUCCAGGCAUGGGAUGGGACAAUCUUGCAAAUGAAGAGAGAGGUAUGGUUAUAAAUUUGAAUUAUUCCCAAUGCAGAACCACGGACGACGGAACAUAUCUUAUUCCAGAUGACGUUCAUGUUAUUCCAAUUAAAUCAAGCCGGAUGAGUGUAUUUUCAAAGGUAUACGAUCACUGGUCUAAUUAUGAGUCCGAUACCUCUGGAUCAGUCAAUGCUGGAGGUUCUUUCAAAGGAUUUGCUUAUAAAGUUGCGGGCAGUAUGUCAGCUGAAUUUCAAAACGUUAAGAAGCAACAAGUUGAGAACAAGGCCAUUACGACGAAGGUGCAAGCAAAAUAUCACAGAUAUACUUCUAAGAUUCAGCCUGAUGCAGAACUUACACCAGUUUUCAGAGCACGGAUUUUAAGAAUAGCUGAUCACAUUCAACACGAUCGGAACAUGUCGGCCCGAUAUGAGAGCGAACUUUUAGUGCGCGACUUCGGUACACAUGUAAUAGGUUCAGUUUCUGCUGGUGCUUCCAUUGUCAAACUGGAUCAUAUAAAUUUGACUAUAUCUAAUAGUGAUACAGAAUUAAAGCGCCAGAUUGCUCUUUAUGCAAGUUUUUCCCAUUCCGGUUUUUUUGCCUCCGAAGAUGCAUCCAUGUCUGCUAAAUACCAAUGGUCGGAUUCGAAUUAUCAAAAAUAUAUGAGCAGUAUUGCAGAUUCUGAAAUCCGCACUUACGGAGGUCCAGUAAUGAAUCCAGAAAAUUUCACUUUAAGUAAAUGGACAGGGCAAAUUAGGAACGAUUUGGUUGCAAUUGAUAGGGAUGGACUUACGCUUGACUUUAUCAUAACACCACAAACCUUUCCUGAGAUUAGUGAGGGCAUUAUCCAAGAUAUUUCACAUUCCGUUCAAACGGCAAUAAUUACCUACCUUCGCCACAAUACCUAUACAGGAUGCACGGAUCUGGACUCUCCUAAUUUUAGCAUAAUUUCAAAUGCAGACGAUGGGUCAUGUCAAUUUCCUUUCUCCAAUCUGGUCUUUGGUGGAGUAUAUCAAGAAUGCAAAGUAGUUGAUUCAACUGACAACUCUCCAUAUUGUGAUGCAACAUUGGUAAAAAAUCCCCAUACAAAUGACUUAUCCUGCCCAGUAGGAUUCGAUGCUGCUCUCUUGCAGACCGGGCAAUACACAGUUCCACAUAACGAAAAUGAUUGUCACAGGUGCUAUAUUUUCUUUAAAUGCUGUACUUCGAAAACCUAUCUAACAGUUGUUGAGUACACCACCUAUUGGUGCUAUUCUAAAUUCCAGCAACUGGAAUAUAGAGACAAUGGGUUUCUGUUUGGGGGUUUGCAUGCUAUUGGAACAAACAAUAUAGCAACAGGGUCACAAUCGUGUCCUCCAAAUUAUUCCAGCGUAAAAAUUGCAAAUACUGCUUACAUUUGCAUGAGCGACGAUUAUGAAAACGCCGGACAAAACGCCAUUCCAUUUGCUGGUUUUUAUAGCAAACAGAAUGGAAAUCCCUUAUCAAAUACAAGUGCAGAUGGAAAAUCAUGCCCAAAAGGGUACAGUAGUCAUUUGGCGUAUAUCGAUAAUAUCUAUGAAAUUAUGUAUUGUAUACAUACGGCUCAAAUUAAAACAUCGGACCUAAAGCUUCCUAAUCUACAAAUCCCGCCUUUUGUCGAAAUACCUCGCGAAGAAUUUGAGACAUCAUCUUACAUGAUUUCUGAUGACUCCAAAACUUGGACAAAACUAAUUGAUCCAAAGAUGACCGAAUUCCAACCAGCAACAAAUAGCUGGACGACAUUAGACUCAGCGGAUGAUGUCGAACAACAUUUAAAAGGAGCCUUUAAACAGAAUACAAAAGAAACUAAGCUGAUGCAAUCUGGAAACGACAAAAAAAGUACCGAACUCUCGAACGGACAGGUUGCUGGAAUCUCUGUUGCAUCAACAACAGUUUUUUGUGUUUUGGUUGGAUUUGCUAUAUCAUUCUGGCGAAUGCGCAGAAGUCAAAACAACGGUUUUGAUAAUUUACAGUCCUAAAAGUGUAAAUGGGCUAAUUUCUAUGAACGGGAUUUCUAAUCAUAACAUGUUAAAGACGACUUAUAUCAUACCUGGCCAUCACAAAUGAAAAAAACAUUGGUUUCUGGUUUUUAAUUGAUAAAAUGCCAUACAGAUUACUGUGGUUUCAUCAAUAUUCGUUGAAUACCAAUUUUCGUGGAUUUCGUUGUUAAGUUGAUCCACGAAAUUGAAUGUUCAUUGAAGUUCAAUUUUAACUAACAUUUUGUAUUGAUAGGAUCAUUGGCCACGAAAUUACGUAUCCUUGAAACUGUGGUUUUCAGAAAAUCCACGAAAAUUGAUACCCACGAAAAUUAAUGAAACCACAGUAGUUGAUUAUGUAAACAAUAUGUGAU